AUGGGAACCCAAAAGAAACUGUCCCUCAAAUCCGGCCGACCACCAACAGCGAAAAAUACCCCACCAAACCUCUCUUCGAAAGCGACUCAAAAAACCAUCGUCACCUUCCACAACCUCAACAAAGCCCUAGCAAAAGCUCAAACCGAGAACGACGAACCCACCAUCACCACCCUCAAAGCCCAAUUCACCCAACUAGGCGGCCUGCAAGCCUACCAAGCCGCCAGCAUCCAAGGUCAAUCCUCUGCCCGGGGAGGCGACUCCUCGAUCCAACUCCUAAAAUGGCUGCCUCACAACCUCCCCAAAAUGCGGAUGCUGGAGGUAGGAGCAUUGUCGACGCAGAACGAGAGUUCGAAAUCCGGCCUCUUCGAUCCGAUCGUGAGGAUUGAUUUGCACUCACAAGCCCCGGGGAUUCUGCAGCAGGACUUCAUGGAGAGGCCGGUGCCGAGCGGUGAGGAGGAGGAGAGGUUCGAUGUCAUCUCCCUCUCUCUGGUGUUGAAUUUCGUGCCGGAUGCGAAGCAGAGGGGGAAUAUGCUCCAGCAUACGACGAGGUUCCUUCAGAAGCGAGACGCACUCGGUGACUUCGCCGGCCUGCUGUUUCUGGUCCUCCCAGCGCCCUGCGUGGUCAAUUCGCGGUAUUUCAACGAUGAGCGGUUGAUGCUGAUUAUGGCGAGUUUGGGUUAUGUGAUGCUGCAGAGGAAGCAGACGAGUAAACUGGUGUACUAUCUCUGGCAGUUGAGGGACGCGCCGGCUGCGAGGAAGGAACAGAGGUUUGGGAAGGUCAAAGUGAGGGAUGGCGCGGCGAUGAACAAUUUCUGUGUUGUGCUGGAGCCGGAGGUGUAA